AUGUUUUUUAGUGAAGAAAUCCUUGGAAUUGUUUUUAUUAUCCAGAUGGUUAUUGGAAUCAUAGGGAAUUUACUCCUCCUUUACAUAUUCAUUUUUUCACGAGGUUAUAAGGGAAAGCCAAUAGACUUGAUUCUCAUUCAUUUGUCCAUUAUCAAUAUCUUAUUGCUCCUUUUUAAGGGAAUCUCUCGGACAUUGACACUUUUUGGAAUAGUGAAUUUCCUUAAUGAUAUUGGUUGCAAAAUUAUGGUUUAUUUGGAUAGAGUGUUUUGGGUCCUUUCCUUCAUUAAUGUGUCUCUCUUAAGUAGUUUUCAGGCCAUCACCAUCAGUUCAAAUAGUUCUGUGUGUGUAAUGCUCAAAGCAAAGGCUAUGAAGUACACUGUACUUUCCUUUAUCCUCUGUUGGAUUCUCACUUUACUGACAGAAGCAGUUAUUCCCAUAUAUAUCACUACACUGAUAAAUAGUUCAAGUUUUAUGAACAACUGGAACUGGGGCUACUGUGUUUUCAGUAGUCAAGUCACUAACACCUUUAACAUUAUACUCUGGAAGGCCUUUCAUUAUGCUGCAUGGUAUGGACUCACAAUAUGUAAUUCUAUAUAUAUCAUAUUUAUCAUGCAAAGUCAUCACAAAAGAGUACUGCACAUUCAUAGCACCAGGUUCUUCCAUAGUAUUUCCCCUGAAAUAAAAGCCACCAGGACUGUCAUGAUUCUUGUGAGCAGUUUCAUCUUCUUCCAUUUAGUCAGUUUCAUCUGUUUUUUAAUAACAAUGCCUUCUUCUAGAUUAACUAGUGACUGGAUGAUGCAUAUAUCUGCCUUUAUGACAGGGUGUUUUCCAACUUUCUGCCCCUUUGUGCUGAUCAGCAGUAUCAGCAAGGUCUCUAGAACCCAUUUUUCUGAAUAG